ACCUCCCGUGGACUUUCGCCAACAUUCAGGGACCUGUCCACCCUCCCGCGGGCAGGCCGGGAUAACGCCGGGUCGCUCCCCCACCUCUCUCGGACGACGUCCGUUCGGCCCAUCCUUUCCCCAGCGCUGGGCGUGUCCGCAGGGAACCACGGAGAGGUUUUGAUAAUGGAAAGUACCUUGAGUCCUUUGCCAACAAGCAUUGAGUAGAAAGCAAGAUUACUUUCCUAUUCAAAAAAGAUGAAAACGGCGGAGUUAAUUUCAAAAGACAGCCAAUCUGCAGACUAAUGAGUAGAAUCAAUAAGAACGUGAUUUUGGCCCUUUUAACUUUAACAAGUUCUGCAUUUUUGCUGUUUCAGUUGUACUACUACAAGCACUAUUUAUCUACAAAGAAUGGAGCUGGUGUAUCUAAAUCCAAAGGAAGCCGAAUUGGAUUUGAUAGCACACAGUGGCGUGCAGUUAAAAAAUUUAUUAUGCUAACAUCUAGCCAGAAUGUUCCAGUGUUCCUCAUUGAUCCUUUGAUUCUGGAUUUGAUUAAUAAAAACUUUGAACAUGUCAAAAAUACUUCCUAUGGCACCACUUCAGAUUGCAAGUUUUUCUGUGUCCCAAGGGACUUUACUGCAUUUGCACUACAGAGUCACCUUUGGAAGAAUGAGGAAGACUGGUUUCGGAUAGCUGAGAAUAUGGGGUUUCAGUGCCUCAAGAUUCAGAGCAAAGACCCCCGAUUAGAUGGGAUCGACUCACUUUCUGGGACUGAGAUCCCCCUGCACUAUAUCUGCAAGCUGACUACCCAUGCCAUCCACUUGGUGGUCUUUCAUGAAAGGAGUGGCCACUACCUCUGGCAUGGCCAUCUACGCCUCAAAGGACACAGUGACAGGAAAUUUGUUCCUUUUCGAAAAUUACACUUUGGUCGUUAUCCCGGAGCUUUUGACAGGCCAGUCUUACAUCAGGUUAUCAUUGAUGGACUAGAAGUUCACAUUCCAAAAGAUCCCAUGCAUUUUCUAGAAGAAAUACCACACUCUAGGUUUAUUGAGUGCAGGUAUAAAGAGGCUCGGACAUUCUUUCAGCAAUACCUUGAUGAUAAUACUGUGGAAGCUAUGGCCUUUCGGAAGAGUGCAAAAGAAUUGUUGCAACUGGCAGCCAAAACACUAAAGAAAUUGGGAAUACGAUUCUGGCUAAGCAGUGGCACUUGUCUAGGGUGGUAUCGGCAGUGCAACAUUAUUCCUUAUAGCAAAGAUGUUGACUUAGGAAUUUUUAUACAGGAUUACAAAUCUGAUAUUAUUAUAGCAUUUCAGGAUGCAGGACUUCCACUCAAGCACAAAUUUGGAAAGGUAGAAGACAGCUUAGAACUAUCUUUCCAGGGAAAAGAUGAUGUGAAACUUGACAUUUUUUUCUUCUAUGAAGAGACUGACCAUAUGUGGAAUGGAGGCACUCAGGCCAAAACAGGAAAAAAAUUUAAACAAUCAACCCUUCCUCCGUUCAACGGAAAGGGUGGGAGGAGAAGAGGGACAGCGAGAGGAAGUAGGAGAGAGAACGGAAGCAUGAAGAAUAUGAGCUUAGAGUCUUCCAGACUUCAGUCCAUCCCAGUAGCUUUUCUGAAUACUACUGAUUACUGUUCAAAAAUGCAUUAUACUAAAAUCACAUAAGAUUGUUGAGUUUAAGAUUACCACUGUCAUCAUUUGAUUCCUACUCAAAAAGUGAUUCUAUAUAGGGUUUCCAUGGCAUUAAUUCUUUAUAGGAACAGAUAGCCUCAUCUUUCUGUUGAGGAACAACUGGUGGGUUUGAGCCUUGAGCGUAGCAGACCUGUGUGUGUGCACUUUUUUUCAUGCUUUCCAUGUGUCAGACACUAUCCUGAAUAUUUAUGUCAGUGCAGUCCCCACAACAACUGCAGAUUUUCGGUGAGGCACAGAACUUGAGUAAGAGGAUAGCACUGUAUGUUUUUAUUUGCAUCACAGCUCCAUUGCUAACCACAAAGUUGGUGAUUGAGACUCCCCUCCCCCCAGCCACCCUGUGUCAGAGAAAUGAGGCAGACUGCUCAGGCCGACUGCUCCUAUACAGAUUCAUAGUCUUGGAAACCCAAAUAGAGUUGCUGUUAGUUGGAAUCAGCUCUAUGGCAGGGGCCUUCGACAUCUCGUGCAGGUUGGAGAACCUCUCUAUGCCUUAAAGUCCCUUCCUUGUAAAAUGGGGAUAAUAAUGGA